UUGCAGAGUUUGUGCAGCCAAGUAUCACAAAUUACAAAAUUUGAUAACCGACCGCACAUCUCUUCCCUUUAUUUAACACCUCUCUCCUUUCAUCCACAAUUAUUAACCAAAAAUCAGGGAUCCUUAAAACUUAGAAACAGAGCAUUGUAACUAAUAGUGCUAUAAACAUAGCUCAGUGCCAUGGGUUUCAAGCACGACCUGUUGGUGUACACAACAUUAGAAUGUGAAAGCUCUGAGGAAAUGGCAGCUUCUAUGCACAAAGCUAAACAAGAAGGAGCAGAUCUCGUCGAGCUUUGCAUUGACUCCUUGACUUUCUCUCACAUUUUUGAAGUUGAACUCCUCCUCAAACAAAGAACUUUACCCUCCAUCGUUUCUUUCAGGCCAAAUUCGCCGAGAAAUUCUUGCAAAGAAAACUGGAAGAAAACAUGUUUGCAAGUUCUCAAAUUAGCUGUUGAAUUGGACGUUGAGUUUGUCGAAGUCGAUCGCGAGGUUGGCAGCGAUGAAGUCGUGGCUGAACUGAUGAGCAAGAGAUCAAAUUGCAAGAUAAUUGCUUCCAGUCAAGUGAGUGGUGGAAAUCCAACUAAAGAGAGACUUUGUAAUUUGAUCAUAAACCUGCAGUCUACAGGGGCAGAUAUCAUCAAACUUGUGAUUGAUGUAGCCUAUAUUACAGAUGUUGCACCAGUUUUCCAUAUGCUUACACAUUGUCAGGUGCCUCUAAUUGCUAGGGCAGCAGGGGAUAGAGGUCUUAUAAGCCAACUAUUGGGUCCAAAAUAUGGUGCUUUCUUUGUUUGUGGAUCUUUGGGAGGCAAAUCCACCCCUGGCUUGCCACCGUUGACCAGCAUUAAAGAGGUUUAUAAACUGGAAUAUGUGAAUCCAGAAACUAGAGUUUUUGGCGUGAUAUCAAAUCCUGUUGGCCAUAGCAAAGGCCCUCUUCUGCACAACCCUGCCUUUAGGCAUACAGGAUACAAUGGAAUAUAUGUGCCACUACUAGUUGAUAAUGUCAAGGAGUUUUUCCGGGUUUUCUCAUGCAAUGACUAUGCUGGUUUCAGUGUUGGUCUCCCACAUAAGGAAGCAGCAGUACGGUGCUGUGAUGAAGUUGAUCCACUUGCUAAGUCUAUAGGAGCUGUAAACACAAUUAUAAGGAGACCUUCUGACGGCAAGCUCAUUGGUUACAACACAGAUUGCGAGGCUUGUGUGACGGCAAUUGAAGAUGCACUUAGAGAGAGAAAAAAGACCAAUGGCCAUGCAUCAAAUGUUUCUCCAAUUGCUGGAAAAUUGUUUGUAUUAGUUGGAGCAGGUGGUGCAGGGCGAGCUAUUGCCUUUGGUGCCAAAAGCAGAGGGGCAAGGGUUGUAAUAUUCAACCGCAAAUACGAGAGAGCAAAAUCGCUGGCUGCAGCAGUAUCUGGUGAAGCCCUGCCAUAUGAACGUCUAAACGAUUUCUGCCCUGAGAAGGGAAUGAUUCUUGCAAAUGCUUCUGCUGUGGGAAUGCAGCCAAAGACUGAUCAAACUCCUAUAUCCAAGGAGGCCUUGAGAUCAUACGAGCUAGUAUUCGAUGCAGUUUACACGCCUAGAAAUACACGGUUAUUGCAGGAGGCUACAGAGGUUGGAGCUACAGUGGUGAGUGGGGUUGAGAUGUUUGUCAGGCAGGCACUUGGGCAGUUCAAAUUGUUCACCAAUGGAUUAGCACCAGUAGACUUUAUGCGGAGGAUUGUAUAUGAACAAUUUUGAUUCUUUUAGAAGAAAGGUACUGUUUUUUUUUUUUUCCUGAAAUCAGGCAGUACUAGGCCCAGGAUCAUGUUUGCCAGCUCAAUAGAAGAUGUUUCUGAAAUUCUUCUUGUUCAUAUGGAUGCUCCCUCAGCUUCCAAAUGCAAAUUGAUUAACAUGAGAAAGAAGGAUACAUCAAAUACCAUGAGAUUGGUUUUCUUUUUCUUCCUCAAAAUCAGAUUGUAUGUUCGAUUACAUAUUGUAAAUAAUUUUUUAUUGUAAUAAUAGGAAGUUAAUGUCUGGAAAGUUGCGUUUAUCCUGGAAAGGUGGUUUAUACAUACAGUUCCCUUUGUGCACCCU